AUGGCAGUCUUUCUGUUCUGUGCAUUACUAUUACGCGGAGUACAAUCGGAUGAAAAACACAGCAUGUGGACAGAUUAUAUGCGUGCUAUCGAAUUCUUACAGACGAGGGAAUUAUACAAGGAUACUACAGUAUAUAAAUCGACGACUUACCACGAUCCACCCUCAUCGUUCCCAUGUGACGUAGAUAUACCAUUGAACAGGACGGACAUUAACGUACAUUCACUGCGUCCUUCUGAUAUCAAAGUGAUCGGUGCGAUGGGAGAUUCCUUAACUGCUGCCUAUGGAGCCCUAGCAGAAAAUAUCAUUGAUCUAGUUUUUCCGCUUUGGGAAAGUGAGGAGGCCAGAGGUGUGUCAUUUAGCGUCGGAGGCGAUCCAAAUCCCGUCAAUGGAACCACUGUCACCUUACCAACCAUUUUAAUGCAGUACGAAUCGGAGAAUGAAUUGGUUGGAUACUCUCUUGGCAGAGGGGGUAUUAAUGACAAAGGUUCAAAUUUAAAUGUAGCUGUCGGUGGAGCAACAUCCUAUGAUAUGCCAGAGCAAGCCCUGAUUUUGAUUGAGCGAAUGAAAUCGCGUCCUGAGAUCAACUAUUACCAUGAUUGGAAAGUGGUGACAUUAUUCAUUGGUGGUAAUGAUCUAUGUGGUUCAUGUCGUAAUCCAGAGAGAUUUACUGCACAGAAUUAUAUCAACAACGUACGUAAGGCCCUGGAUAUUAUGCACGCCGAGAAAUUGACACGCGAGUUAGUCAACUAUGGACGAUAUGAUACACGUGAUGAUUUCACUGUUGUUGUGCAGCCAUUCUUUGAAGAUACCGGAUUGCCGUGGAAUGAGGAGACCCAGGAAUGGGAUGACAGUAUAAUGUCCCCCGACUGUUUCCAUUUUAGUGAACUCGGGCACAAACUUAGUGCUGGGGGACUGUGGAACAAUAUGAACGACGUCUUUAAAACGAGGUUGAACAGCGACCCAGCGUUCUACGUACCCCCGACCGGAUAUCCACCGAUCACUCGCGAACCCGAAACAUGA